ACUCGCCUCUCCCAUGCACAUGCGCUGCUGGUGCCACUGCAGGCGCUUCGCACUGCGCUACUGCGACCUCAUGGGGUGCACGUGCUCUCGUUUUUACGGCACCUUUGCCUCCAACUUUUUGCUGCGGAAGAACGAGGCCUCUCCACUUUUCGGCUGCUGCCGAUGGUAGACAUGCGACCUCCGUUGCAUCUCUCGCUUUCUGUGGGUCUGUCGCUCCCACCGGAGGAGUGCAGCUAUCGGAAGGCAGACCUCCUUCCUUCUUGACGCUGCUCUCUGCAGCAGCAGACUCUGAGGCGACUGCAGCUGCCCGUCUCUCGAGGAACCCCUCUGCGCCUGCCCUCGCUGUCGGCAGCUUCUCGGCAGCAGGCGACAGCAGCGCAGCCUAUCCCGCGCUCGCGCCAACGACUCCCCCCGAUUCUCCCAGGCACAGCAAGAGGCCAGAAGAGACACCCUCGAACUCGGAAUCCCUCGAGUUUUCGCGAAGCGACAAAACGGCAGACUCGGGAGCGGCCAGAGACACUGCGCAGGAGGAGAAGGGGGACGAGACUUUCGCCGCUCCCGCCGCUCCCGACCUCUCAUUGGGCAGCGACGGCAGCCAAAACUGCCUCUCGGCAACGGCACUAGGCUUAGAGACCGUCGAAGACUCUGGCGCUUUCCGAAAGGCCUUCACCCGUCCACGAAAGCCUCACGGAAAUCUCAUUCUUGAGCUCCUGCAUCGCGCAGCUGCGCCUCUGCAAGAGCAGCAGCGGGAGGAACGGACCUUAAGAGAGUGCUUCGCGCUCGACAAUCUUGCGGAUCUGCUAGAGCUUCUCAGCUACGCUCUUGAUUACCGAGCCCGCCUGCUGCAGCACCAGGCAGCAGCGGCAGCAGCGAGGCAGCAGCAGCAGCACCAGCAGCAUCAACUCAACGAUUGGCAAGGCAAGCAACAGCCUCUGCGAGGUCGUGGCAGUCCAAGGAGCAACGGACCCCAGGCACCAUCCGCAUCAGAAAGAGACGCUGAAAUCUGCUUUUUCUCUUCUCUCGACAAUGCUGAACUCGUCACAGAAGAUCCUCGCAGUGAUUUCGACAGCUGGCCAUGGGCAGCCUGCAGAAACUCCCAAGAAUGGAUGCUGCAGCAGCGUCAACAGCAGAUCGCCGAAGAAGAGCACCAGGAAGCGGGACCUCUGCUCGCAAGGAACAAGCUCUCCUUGUUCGAUAUUUGCGUUGAAUCCAAGCUGUUCGCAAAAGACGGGAUGCUCGCAUGCUCAUUCUUUGCGCGUCUUCGGAGAUUAAUUGAGGGUGAAAGCGUUCCAGUAGGUUCCGCAGCUCCCACCGGAGGUCUUGUGCUUGCAAACGAGGUUCUGAGGAGUAAUACGCUAUCGCCGCUCGUAUUUGUAGCUCCUGAACUUGGGAAGUGGUCAACGGUGGGAGGACUUGGGGUGAUGGUAGACGAGCUCUCCACUACUCUUGCGACAGCUGUAGCAGCCUCCCCCGCGCGGCAUGGGACUAGGGGAAGUUUUAGGGUGUCUUCUAUUGCAGUGCGGGGAGAAAGAGGCUAUCUGGAGAAGGACGGCAUUUCGCAUGCCUUCAACGUUGAGGUCCACGUUGGCGGAGAGUUCAUCAAGCUGGGCAUCCACCGUGGCUGCGUAGUGAAAAAGGUGCAGCUGUAUUUUAUCCACCACGCGUCUAUUUUCCCACAGCCAUACCCGGAGUUCUACGGAGUUGACGCCAUCAGAAUGCUCGUGACUUUUGCGAAGGGCGCUCUCGAACUUCUCUGCCACGAACGCAUCAUCCCGCAAUUGAUAGUAACCAACGACUGGCCAACUUCCCUGAUACCAGCAUAUGCCAAGAAUGGAUUCUUUGGCAGUACCUUUGAAAAUACAACUUUCUUCCACAUCAUUCACAACCUGGACCCCAACUACGAAGGGAGGAUAUACAUGAACAAGAGAGAAGACGUCCACUGGCUCCAUCAGCUACCCACAGAGCUACUCGUCGAUCCCCUUUGGCAUAAUCACGUUGUAAACCCCUCGAGAUGCGUCUUGCUGCAGUGCGAUACGUGGGGCACUGUGUCUCCUUCGUACCGUUCCGAGCUUCUACAAGAAGGCGAGGGCAGAGCUCAAAACUCCCCCUUGGCUCCUCUUCUUCGCAGGCACUCGAAUCCCUUCGCCGUGCCCAAUGGCAUCCCCAUUCAGCGCCGGCUGGAUGCGAUUGCUGCUCUGGGAUUUAAGGAUCACUAUGAGGCCAAGGCAGCGCUCCAGCGCGAGUACUUUGGAAUGCAGCACGGGGAUGACUCGAUCCCUAUCUUUGCGUUUAUUGGCAGAAUCACGCAACAGAAGGGUGUGCACUUGAUUCUGGAAGCCGCGGAAACGCUCAUCACGAAACACAGGGGAAGAGUGCAGUUGCUCCUUGGCGGCAUGGCCAACUGGAAAGACGGAUAUGCUGCGAGGUGUGCCUCAAAAAUGAUGGAGCUGCGCUGGAAAUAUCCGCAGAGCUUUUGGGCAGAUCCGAACGAGUUCUUCACCAAAGGUGCCCACGUGAAUUACGGCGCAGACUUUGGUUUGAUGCCGUCAGCUUUCGAGCCAGGUGGCAUUGUUCAGCACGAAUUCUUUAUAUCCGGCACUCCCGUCAUCGCCUUUCACACGGGAGGCCUUAAGGACACGGUUGUUGAGUUUGUGCCUUCGACGGGAAAGGGAAAUGGUUUCUGCUUCAUGAGCUACACUUCAGGCGACUUGCUUUAUGCAAUAGAGAGGGCUAUUCGUGUCUUCGACGACAAGGAGAAGUAUGCCUUGCUGCGGCGGCUAGCGAGGCAGUCUGUGGUGAGCUGUGAGGCCAGCAGCUGGGCAUGGCUGUGUGAGUUCGCGCGGCUCAGAAACAAGAUGCCGAUCAACGAAAACAAGGUGCAGCAAAUCUACAACUCCCUUCCGGAGUGGUCUGAAGGGGCGUGGCGCAAGAGGAAGGAACAGCUGGCUGCGGCAGCUGUAGGAGUUUCCAGCCCAACUGGCUGUGGAUGGGGAAAGCUCAUGAGCCAAGAUCCUGAGAAGCAGCACCUGCUUCUGCAGAAGCAAGCUGAAGCAGCAGCAGAAUUCUGGGAGCUCCCUUCCUCCACGGCCUCUAAGAGGAGGCGCUCUAGAGCCAAGCAGCACGAACAUACCAGCAGCAGCAGCAGCACAAGCGAGGGCGAGACAACACUCUCCCCUGAGUCAGCAAGUCGCAGCAGCAGCCGGAGAAGCAGCACCGAAGAAAAGGCGAGCCACAAAGCAGCCAGCCACAAGCCAACUGCUCACAAGAAACUGCUCCCAUCGACCAUUCGCUACAUUCCUCCGCAGGGAAAGCCUAGGCCUCGCUCUGUUGCCGUUGCUGGGAGUUUCGACGACUGGAGAGUUAGACGGCCUCUGGCAUGGGAUAACGCGGUGCAAGCCUUUGCUAUUUCCCUUGCGCUUCCCCCAGGAGAGUACACUUACAAACUGGUCGUUGAUGGAGAGUGGGUCUGCUGCCACGGCUCUCCAACAGCGCUGGAUACUGGAGGCAACGAGAACAACAUACUUACUGUAGAGUAG